AUGUCCCCUCCCGCCCCCUACGCUCACGGCAUGGCGGUGCCCGACAGGUUACAUGCCGUAUCCGUCCAGAUCGCCUCUUGGCAGGAUGUUUGCGCCAUUGCCGUCGCCGACGAAGAGGCCCUCAAGACGUUGCGGAACGGGUAUCCCAGGUCCUACGUCCACAAAAGCAUCCGAGCCCUCAUCGCUGCGUGCGAGCGAGAAUUCUCCCUCCGAGGACGCACGCUCAUGCUUUUCUCAAACCCAGUUGCCGCUCGCGGCUGCCGGGCCUACAUGAGCUCGACGGCGAGGCACGGGGCCAGUGCGGCGUUGCCGGAGAGCAUCUCACUUUGCCGAAUCGAAUUUGGCACGGCGACGAUGCCGGAGCACAAGCUGCACCUGCCACCUCUGUAUGCCGCCAUCUACCCACCACAUCUGUCGCGAGCUGCUUCUCUGUUCUGGCGGUUGACGGGAACGGGAAUCUCAUCGCGCCAGGCCGGGCGUUGCCUCCAGGCCCUGGACCGGAUCCGACAAGUGGACGAGAAGGUGGAAGGGGCCAUGUCGUUGGCGGUCAGCAACCCGUCUCAUUCCGCCUAUGACCUCAUCCGUGCUCGUCUCGCUCUGCUGGCGGAGCGAGCGCCGGUGGGUGGUGCUCGAGCGCGCAAGGUCACGGGCGAGGACGUUCACCUGUACCCGUCGGGCAUGUCGGCCAUCUACCACACGCAUCAUCUGCUCCUCGACUGGCGGGGCGCCGAGAGUAUCGUCAUGGGAUUCACGUACGAGCUGACGAUGAAGAUGAUGGAAGCGUUUGGACCGUCCUAUCGCUUCUUCAGCGGCGGGACCGACGGCGAGAUGGACGAGUUUGAACGUCACCUCGAGGCAACGGCCGAGCGAGGCGCUACGAUCCAAGCGGUGUGGUGCGAGUGCGCGUCCAACCCUCUGCUGCGGACGACCGACCUGGCGCGGUUGCGGAGACUCGCCGACAAGUACGACUUUGUCCUUGUCGUGGACGACACCAUAGGCACGUGCGCCAACGUGGACGUGCUGAGCGUUGCGGAUAUUGUCGUCACGUCUCUGACCAAGUGGUUCAACGGGUUCGCCGACGUGCUCGCCGGCAGCAUCAUUCUGAACCCCAACUCGGCACACUAUGGCGAGCUGAAAGGGAUCCUCGACGGCUCCUACGUCAACAACCUGCACGUCGACGACGCGGCGCAGCUGGAGAAGAACAGCCGCGACUUCCUGCAGCGCGUGGCACGGGUCAACGAGACGGCCGAGCAUCUCGUCGAUCGCAUGGUACCUCUGGCGGCAGAUCCGCGCAGCAUCGUCAGCAAGGUCUACUAUCCGAAACUGUGCUGGUCGGCGGCCAACUACCGAGCACGCAUGCGGCCGGCGACGGACGAAUUCGCCCCAGGCUAUGGCGGCCUUUUCACCAUCGAAUUCGACACGGUGCGGGCGGCGGCCCGCUUCCUCGACGCCGUGCCACUGCACAAGGGGCCAUCGAUUGGGGCCAACGUGACGCUCGUGCUGCCGUACGUGCAGAUGGUCUUUCAGACGGAGAAGGAGUGGGCGGCACGCAACGGCGUGAACGAGACCAUCGUGCGCAUCUCGGUGGGGUUGGAGGACAGGGAGGCAUUGCUGCGAUGCAUCCUGCUGGCAUUGGAGGAGGCCGAGCAGCUGCAGGCUCGGUUGUGA